GAGGAUCGCGCCACCGAGGAUCAGAUCGUAAUACGCCGUGGAGCGUUCCACCGUUGCAAGUGGUGGUUCUUUAUUGAGAGAUCCUCAUCACAACAAAGGGCUAGCAUUUACUGAGAAAGAGAGGGAUGCUCACUAUAUUCGAGGCCUCUUACCUCCAGUGGUCAUCUCUCAAGAACUUCAGGAAAAGAAGCUAAUGCACACCCUUCGCCAAUAUCAAGUCCCUUUGCAACGUUACAUGGCGCUGAUGGAUCUUCAGGAGAGGAAUGAGAGGCUCUUUUACAAGCUUUUGAUUGAUAAUGUUGAAGAAUUACUGCCUGUUGUUUACACACCGACAGUUGGUGAGGCUUGCCAGAAGUAUGGGAGCAUUUUUAGCCGUCCUCAGGGCCUAUAUAUCAGUUUGAAAGAAAAGGGAAAGGUCCUUGAAGUGUUGAGAAACUGGCCGGAGAGGAAGAUUCAAGUGAUCGUGGUUACUGAUGGUGAGCGUAUUUUGGGUCUUGGAGAUCUAGGUUGCCAGGGAAUGGGUAUCCCUGUGGGAAAACUUUCUCUUUACACUGCUCUUGGAGGGAUCCGCCCAUCUGCAUGCUUACCUGUCACUAUCGAUGUGGGAACUAACAACAAAAAGUUGUUGAAUGAUGAGUUCUAUAUUGGGUUAAAACGAAGGCGUGCUGCUGGCCAGGAAUAUUCAGAACUUCUAGAAGAAUUCAUGUCUGCUGUUAAGCAGAACUAUGGAGAGAAAGUCCUUAUACAAUUUGAGGACUUCGCAAACCAUAAUGCUUUCGUAUUGCUUGAAAAAUAUAGCAAGAGUCAUAUUGUAUUCAAUGAUGAUAUUCAGGGAACUGCUUCUGUAGUCCUUGCCGGGCUUGUUGCAUCACUGAAGUUGGUCGGUGGGACUUUAGGGGACCACAAAUUUUUGUUUCUUGGUGCCGGCGAGGCUGGUACUGGUAUUGCCAAACUCAUAGCCCUUGAGAUGUCAAAGCAGACAAAGAUCCCAAUUGAAGAGUGUCGCAAGAAGAUAUGGCUCGUUGAUUCAAAGGGAUUGAUUGUUAGCUCACGCAGGGAGUCCCUUCAACAAUUCAAAAAACCAUGGGCGCACGAGCAUGAACCUAUCAAAGAACUCAUUGAUGCUGUAAAGAUUAUUAAACCAACUGUGCUGAUUGGAUCAUCUGGAGUGGGGCAAACAUUCACACAGGAAGUAGUUGAGGCCAUGACCUCCUUCAAUGAGAAGCCCAUAAUUCUUGCUCUCUCAAACCCGACUUCACAAUCUGAAUGUACUGCUGAACAGGCAUACACCUGGAGUAAGGGACGUGCCAUAUUUGCUAGUGGCAGUCCAUUUGGUCCUGUCGAAUAUAAAGGCAAAACUCACAUAUCUGGCCAGGCAAACAAUGCAUAUAUUUUUCCGGGAUUUGGUCUUGGUUUGGUAAUAUCUGGAGCUAUUCGUGUACAUGAAGACAUGCUUCUCGCAGCCUCGGAAGCUCUAGCAUCACAAGUGACACAGGAGAACUAUGACAAGGGACUGAUAUAUCCACCCUUUACGAACAUCAGAAAGAUAUCUGCUCACAUUGCUGCUAAAGUUGCUGCUAAAGUAUAUGAGCUCGGCUUGGCUAGCCAUCUCCCUCGUCCAAGCAAUCUGGUGGAGUUUGCAGAGAGUUGCAUGUACAGUCCCAGAUACCGUAGUUAUCGAUAAAUUUAGCAGACAGAUUCUUUCAAACUUUUACAGUAGCUAAUUACUAGGUUUUGCUGGUAUCGAUCUUCAAUUGUUUCCAUUAUAGUUGUCAUCUUAAGUUUCUUGUCUUUUCAUUUUCCUUUUUUGACAGUAUUAUACCCCAUUAUUAUUGUCAGUGAAUCUUGGAUAAUAGCUUUGCACAAACUGAAAAUUGCUUUUAAUUUUUUUUUCGUUGA